GAUUCCCUUGAACUGUAGUAAAAAUAGUGUCCUGGUGUCCCAGGAGCAUGGCCUUUUCUGAAAAGAGGAUGCCCUUUUAUUCCCCUGGAUGGUGACAGGGCACACAGAAGCCUUGGUGGGAAUCUGCCCGAGAGGACCUUCACUGUGGGUCAGAUCCUGUCUGUGAAACUAGCAAACAUUUCAGAUCACUGAAGCCAUUGGUUUUUUUCCUGUUCUUUGCUUUAAAGCCCUGUUUAUAUUUGAGUCAUCUGCUGUUUUCUCAUGCGGUCCCAGACCCAAGGAGCACAGGGACAGGGGCAUUGUGACAACAAUAUGACUAAUAGUAAAGGAAGAGCUAUCACAAACAGAAGCAGCGGCGUAGUCAGCAGUAGAAAAGGAUUGGUAGAUUGGACUCUCCAUUUAAACACAGUUCAGCCGGACACAUUUUUAAGCCUUCUAUUGAGUAUGGUGCCCGUCAUUUACCAUAAAAGUCAAGAUGGCAUCUGGCAAGAUGGCCUGCCAGCCUCAGCACAGACAUUUAACAUGAGAACAGAUCAACACAUGGAGUACCAUCAUUUCUCAGAGCAGUCUUUUCAUGGCAAUAACGGACAUGUUCCGUCAAGCUGUAGCCCAAAGUAUGAUGACUAUGCUAACUAUAAUUACUGUGAUGGGAGGGAGACUUCGGAGACGACAGCCAUGUUAAAGAAUGAAGACAUGUCUAGUGAUGCUGACGAAGAUCUCAUUGGGGAAGGGAGUCACCGCUUGCCAAAGGAGUCCAGUGGCACGAUGGCCCUGCAGAUCCUGGUACCCUUUCUGCUGGCAGGUUUUGGAACAGUCUCGGCAGGCAUGGUUUUAGACAUAGUCCAGCACUGGGAGGUGUUCAAAAACGUGACUGAAGUUUUUAUCUUAGUCCCUGCACUUCUCGGUCUCAAAGGAAACUUGGAAAUGACAUUGGCAUCCAGACUGUCAACGGCAGUAAAUAUUGGGAAGAUGGAUUCGCCCAUUGAAAAAUGGAACCUCAUUAUAGGCAACUUGGCACUAAAACAGGUUCAGGCGACGGUGGUCGGUUUUCUAGCGGCAGUGGCCGCCAUCAUUCUGGGCUGGAUUCCAGAAGGGAGAUACCGCCUUGAUCAUUCCAUCCUCCUGUGUGCCAGCAGCGUCGCCACGGCCUUCAUCGCAUCCCUCUUACAGGGGAUAAUAAUGGUUGGUGUCAUUGUUGGCUCAAAGAAGACUGGUAUCAACCCGGACAAUGUGGCCACUCCUAUUGCUGCUAGUUUUGGGGACCUCAUUACUCUGGCCAUAUUAGCCUGGAUAAGCCAGGGUCUUUAUGCCUGCCUUGAGACAUAUUAUUACAUAGCUCCUUUAGUGGGUGCCUUUUUCUUGGCGCUGACUCCUAUAUGGAUCGUGAUAGCUGCCAAGCAUCCAGCAACAAGGACCGUUCUCCAUUCCGGCUGGGAGCCCGUCAUCACAGCCAUGGUUAUAAGCAGCAUUGGGGGCCUUAUUCUAGACACGACAGUAUCAGACCCGAAUUUGGUUGGAAUUGUUGUGUACACUCCAGUUAUUAACGGUAUCGGUGGUAAUUUAGUAGCUAUACAAGCUAGUAGAAUUUCUACCUACCUCCAUUUACAUGGCAAACCAGGCGAGGUGCCCGAUGAAGCCAAAGGCUGCUUCUACCCGUGCCGAACCUUCUUUGGUCCAGGCGUCAAUAACAAAUCUGCCCAAGUUCUGCUGCUUUUAGUGAUUCCUGGACAUUUAAUUUUCCUCUAUACCAUCCAUUUAAUGAAAAGUGGUCACACUUCCCUGACUGCAGUCUUCAUCGCCGUAUUCUUAUUUGCUGCUGUGUUACAGGUAUUCACCUUGCUGUGGAUUGCUGACUGGAUGGUGCAUCACUUCUGGAGAAAAGGAAAGGAUCCUGAUAGCUUUUCCAUCCCGUACCUUACAGCUUUGGGAGAUCUGCUUGGAACAGCCUUAUUAGCCUUGAGCUUUCAUUUUCUGUGGCUCAUUGGCGAUCGAGAUGGCGACGUGGGAGACUAAUGAAAUAUGGAAUUGCUGACUGUUCUCAGACCACAGGGAAGAAAGACAGAAGAUGGCGGCUUAUGACUCCUUUUCAAGGCCUUUAAUAUAAUACAGUAAUCUCAUUUUGGCUGGGUUAAUUUUAAGUUGGAACUGAUAUGAUUAAAUGGCCUUAACUUUUUUAAAAAAAUUGAAUUUGAAUAGAAAAUAAAAAUGAAGGGUAAUUGCCUUUCAUAUGAGAGAAUGAAGGAUUAUUUGACAUUGAAACAGAUAUGAGUUUCAUCACUUGAGUUAAUUAGAUCAGAAAAUAUGGAAGGCGUUUAAUAAGAGUAGUUUUGUAACUAGACACACCCCAGGAAUGCACUUUUCUGGUGUUUAAUUUGUAAUGGAAAGUUGUGGGGCGAGGGGGGGCGGGAUUGGCCUCUUUCUUGAUGAAUUUGGAUACAAUGAAAAUUCUAAUUUUAAUUUUUUAAAAAUACCCUUUUAGGGGUAGGUAGGUGGCGCAGUGGAUAGAGCACCGGCCCUGGAGUCAGGAGGACCUGAGUUCAAAUGUGGCCUCAGACACUGAACACUUACUAGCUGUGUGACCCUGGGCAAGUCACUUAACCCCAAUUGCCUCACUAAAAAAAAAAAAAUACCCUUUUAGAGUUUAAAAAGUUUUCACUGUUUCCACCCCUACAUCAGCUGAGUUUGAAUUUCAAAAGACCAGCCUUCAAAAGAUACAGUAUCAGAAAUGGAGAGUUCACCACGUGAAGCCCAAUGAGCUCCCCAGAGUUGCUGAUGACUUGACUCCAGCUGCGGCCUGUAUUCAACGGGGUGGUUGGGUUGGGGCUCACAGGAGAACAAUUAGGUCAUUUGGGGGUCAUUGAUUUUUUUUUUCACCAAAAGCCAGAGAUGUCGAAUCAAACAAGAGGAAGGAAUACAGCUGUGUGUGUUAGACGCAACACAGUAUGAAAAACCACCCUCUUCUUCUUUGGAAACGUGUGUUGGAGUUAGUAAUGAUCCUAGCGCUGUUUGAGGCAUCAGCAUGAAGAGAGGCUUGGAAGCAUGUCGCUGCAAUGCCUUGGGCUUGUUUAUAAGAGUCCGAAUUUGGUAUCAGGGUCUUAAAUGCUUCCCCGUGUAAAAUUAUUUCCAGCUAAGGAGGAUGCUUGGUCAAGUUCAUUUAUGCAGCAGGAAACAAUGAGUAAGAUUUACAGACGGGCGGGGGCAGCUAGGUGGCGUAGUGGAUAGAACACCAGCCCUGGAGUCAGGAGGACCUGAGUUCAAAUCCAGCCUCAGACACUUGACACUUACUAGCUGUGUGACCCUGGGCAAGUCACUUAACCCCAAUUGCCCCACCAAAAAAAGUUAAAAAAAAAAAAAAGAUUUACAGACGGGCAAGUGAAGGAUGUGGGUAUUUUUAAGGAAUCAACAGAAAAGCUUAAGUUUAUCCUAUAGGGGGUCAAAAAGAGGCUGGGGCACAUUGGCCCAAGCCUUCCCAAUGCGGCCUAUCUGCAAACCGGCUGAUUUUCACCGAUGGGCCAGAACACGUGCAUAGGGUAUAGUUUUUUGUCACCUGUUUUUCCAAGAAGCGCUCAUGUCUACUGGGGAUACUUGGACCGAUUUGAUUAAUUAUUGGAAAAGGGCAGCAUUUUUCUAUAAAAUAGAACGAAUCUGUAAACUCCAGUGGAAUUGCUGUAUCAGUUGUAUACUAAUUUAACUUCCACUUCGGAUUAAGGAGGGCAUUUCACUUUUCACGUGGUGACUCACAGGUUCGUGUUCACUUUAUUUAAGUAAGAGAUUCCGUAUGACUAUUGUGUUGAAAUCAUCCCUGUUGAGUACUUUAAAAUGAAGAGAGCUAGGUUCGGUUUUGGUUUUUACUUUAAUUAUGCCAUUUUCCUGCCUUAUAAUGCAGAUGUCACAGACAGUAAGAGAAGACAUUAGAGUUUCUACUUUGGAGAGUUAUUGUGUCACGCUGUGAACAUUCUUACAAAAGGAAGACUAAGUAUAAAUUUACAAAUAUUUAACUGAGAAGGUUUUAUAAAGAUCCAUUAAGACUUGGUUUGAUCUUAAUUUAAAGAGUUUGAAAAACACGUGUUUACACUUGGAUUGUAUGUUCUGUAAUCGUUUCUAGAACUUGUGUAUAGACUGAAAUUCCUAGCAAAUUUUGUUUUGGCUGCUUUUAGCAGGGAAAAAAAUAAUGCCACACCACAAUAUUCACCAAGCAGCUCUUUUUUUCAUUCAGUCACAAAGCCUCCGGUUGAGUCUUUAUUUCCCCAUCAGUGGCAGCAACGAAUUACCGGUUCUUAAAAAAUAGAAUGAUGAUGGGUUACAUUUACAUAUAAGUCCCUCUCAUACACUGUCUUGUACUGUGAUCCUCACAACCACCCUGUGAGGCAGCUAAUGCAAGGAUGGUUGCCCCUCAUUUCACAGAUGACAAAACUGAAAUCCAUAAGGGUCAACUGGUUCAGGACAAAACGUGGACGCCAGGUGAUCCCAAAAUUCUCGUGUCAGUGUUCUUUCUAUGAUGUUGAGCUGCCUCUGAGUACUCCAGUGUGACGCCCAUCCUUUAAGUCUCAAAGAGGGAAUCACACACACACACACACACACACACACAGAAACACACAUAUACAGACAUAAAGACACAGACACAAACAGAGGCACAUAUGGAGACACAGACAUACACACACAGAGAUAUACACACACCCACACAGAGAUAUACACACACCCUCCAGGGAAUCUUCCUUUUUUCGCUCAUCAUGGGCCACUUUUCAUUACUGGUGUACAUGAGGACCACAGACCUUAGGUUAACCCCAAACCUGGGGUUCUGGCUCAUUUCACCCCAUGCCUGAGUCAGCCUACAAGUAGCUGGAUUGGCUUGGGGUUCACCUCCAUUCCUUUUUUUCCUACUCAGUAGAUCAGGUCAGUACUGUGAAGGAGAAAAAGAAGAGAAACGGGCCCGAUUCAUGGGGUCACUUGUUUAGAGCCAACAACAGACCUUAGAGAUCAUCUGCUCUAGCCAGAGGAGGAAACCAAGGGUCCUAGUGGUAAAGCCACACAGCCAGUAAGGCCCAGAGCGGGGAACGCAGGGACUCCAACCCCACACCCACCACGUUGCCAGAGGCCUAGAACUCACAUGUUAUAGCACUUUAUUGUUGACAGAGCGCUCUCCUCCCAAAUGUUAUUUACAGCCCAGAGUAGACAAUCAUCCGCUGGUUGAGCUAAUUCUAAUAUGGAAGUACAUUGUUUAAAAAAUAAAAACACCACUAUGUGUGCUGAUCGUUAAUAAACUUAUCUAUGGAUUUGACUAUAUCGUGACCAAUUUUUUACAAUUUGCAAAAUUGACCGGGAUAUCCUUCCUCAUCAGCAACAGAUGACAGUAUUCAGUUCAGAAACUCCCAAUAAUUGUAUUAUGUAUAAAAAACCCUCCCACACAAUUAACCAUUAAUCACUUAUUAGUAGACACUUCACUUUGGUGUGUGUGUGUGUGUGGGGGAAGAUGCUUAUGUUGUUGGGUCAUCUCAAUUGUUCCUAUCUGUGAUAAUUUUUUUUUUCCUUUAGAAUAAAGUUUCUUGAAAAGAGA